UUCCCUCUUUCCUUCCAGAUACCGACAACCAGCGAGUGAUCAUCCACGUGAAGGACAUUAACGAUGAGCCGCCGUACUUUAUCAAUCGUCCGCUACCGAUGCAGGCCGUCGUUCAGUUGAAUGCACCUCCAAACACUCCCGUCUUUACCCUGCAAGCUCGGGAUCCGGAUACGGAUCACAAAAUCCAUUACUUCAUCGUACGGGAUCGAACGGGAGGCCGGUUCGAAGUGGACGAACGGUCCGGUGUUGUAAGGACCCGCGGGACCGAUCUGUUCCAGCUCGAUAUGGAAUACGUGCUGUACGUUAAGGCGGAAGAUCAGAACGGACGGGUCGAUGAUCGUCGCUACCAGAGCACGCCGGAGGAGCGACUGUCGAUCGUCGGUGGCAAACGGGCACCGCAAUUUUACAUGCCCAGCUACGAGGCGGAGAUUCCGGAGAAUCAGAAAAAGGAUUCAGACAUCAUUUCCGUCAAGGCGAAAUCGUUUGCCGAUCGGGAGAUACGCUACACGCUGAAGGCGCAGGGACAGGGCGCGGGAACGUUCAACAUUGGGCCCACAUCCGGCAUUGUGAAGCUGGCGAAAGAGUUGGACUUUGAGGAUCUUCGACAGCCGCACGUGUACCAGCUGGUGGUGACGGCGACCGAGGAUUCCGGUGGUUUCUCUACGUCAGUUGAGCUCACAAUUCGGGUAACGGACGUAAAUGACAACGCACCCAAGUUCGAACUUCCUGACUACCAGGCCCACAACGUAGACGAAGACAUCCCGAUGGGUACCAGCAUCCUCAAGGUGAAGGCCAUGGAUUCCGACUCCGGGUCCAAUGCUGAAAUCGAAUAUCUCGUGUCGGACGAGCACUUUGCCGUGGACUCCAAUGGCAUCAUUGUCAACAACAAACAGUUGGAUGCCGACAACAAUAAUGCCUACUACGAGUUUGUCGUUACGGCCAAGGAUAAGGGUGAACCGGCCAAGACCGGAACGGCCACCGUUCGCGUGUACACCAAGAACAAAAACGACGAGGAGCCGAAGUUUUCCCAACAGGUCUAUACGCCGAAUGUUGACGAAAAUGCAGGACCGAAUACGCUAGUCACGACGGUGGUAGCUUCCGACAAGGAUGGCGAUAAUGUGCGGUUUGGGUUCGUCGGUGGCGGCACCAAUAGUGGGCAGUUCGUAAUCGAAGAGAUUACCGGCGUUAUCCGGUUGCAUAGCAAGGGCAUUUCGCUCGAUCGGGACAAGUAUGAGCUGAAUGUGACAGCUAUGGAUGAUGGAUCGUGUUGCAUCAAUGGUGAGGUGACAAUUCAUACAUCUACAGCUGUCGUCGUGGUGUUCAUAACCGAUGUCAACGAUAACAAGCCGGUGUUCAAAGACUGCGGCACGUACUAUCCCAAGGUGGAGGAAGGUGCCCCGAACGGAAGUCCGGUCAUAAAGGUGCAGGCAACCGACGAGGACAAGGGCGUAAAUGGGCAGGUUAAAUAUUCGAUCGUUCAGCAACCGAAUCAGAAGGGUACCAAGUUCACCGUAGACGAAGAAACGGGUGAAGUUUCCACCAACAAGGUGUUCGAUCGGGAAGGCGACGAUGGCAAGUUCGUGUCCGUCACUAUCAAGGCAACCGAUCAAGGAGAGCCCAGCCUGGAGGGUGUCUGCUCCUUUACGGUGGAAAUUACCGAUGUGAACGACAAUCCACCGUUGUUUGAUCGACAGAAAUACGUCGAAAACGUCAAACAAGAUGCAAGCAUCGGAACGAACAUUCUGCGAGUUUCCGCUUCCGACGAAGAUGCCGACAACAAUGGUGCCAUCGUGUACACGCUGAGUGCUCCGCAUAGUCCGAAUGAUUUGGAAUACUUCGAGAUUCAACCCGAGUCCGGUUGGAUCGUGCUGAAGAAGCCGCUUGACGGAUGCUACCCUGUAAGUGGCCGUGAUCGCUACCGGCUGAAAGUGUACGCCUCCGACCGGGGCGAUCCGCCCUCCACCGCCGACGUCGACGUCGAGCUCGAUGUGGUCGAUCGGAACAAUAAGCCACCGAUCUGGGAUCGCAAUGUUUAUGGCCCCAUUCACAUAAAAGAAAAUGUCACUGUCGGUACAGUAGUUACAGCGAUCAAAGCAAGCUCCGGAAUCGAAGGCAAUCCCACGGUGUUCUAUCGGUUGAUGCCGGGAUCGACGGCACAAACCAAUAAACUGCACACGUUCUAUCUGCAGCAGCGGCCGGAAAAUGGUGACACGUACGCCGACAUCAAGGUGAACCAUCCGCUCGAUUUCGAAACGAUAAAGGAAUACAAUCUGACCGUGCGAGUUGAGAACAACGGAGCCCAGCAGCUGGCAUCGGAAGCGACUGUUUACAUACAAUUAGAGGAUGUAAACGAUGAAAUUCCACUGUUUACCGAACGUGAACAGGAAACGGUGCUCGAGGGCGAACCGAUCGGCACCAAGGUAACGCAGGUGAACGCCAUCGACAAGGACGGAACAUUCCCGAACAACCAGGUGUACUACUACAUUGUCGAUUCGCCCCGUAACGAAGGCAAGGACUUCUUCGAGAUCAACCUGCAGAGUGGUGAGAUUUUCACAAAAGUCGUGUUCGAUCGUGAGAAGCAGGGAGCUUACGCUCUGGAAGUGGAAGCCCGUGAUGGAGCCCCAUCCGCUCGUCCGAAUAGCAACCAGCAACCCAACUCAGUUACUAAAUUCAUCCGUAUUGGAAUUGCCGACAAGAAUGACAAUCCACCGUACUUCGACAAGGCCCUGUACGAGGCGGAAGUCGACGAAAAUGAAGAUAUUCAGCACACCGUACUCACCGUCACCGCCAAGGAUCACGAUGAGUCCUCGCGUAUUCGAUAUGAGAUCACGAGCGGUAACAUAGGCGGUGCCUUCGCAGUGAAGAAUAUGACGGGUGCCAUCUACGUCGCUGGUGCCCUGGAUUACGAGACGAGAAAACGAUACGAGCUCCGUCUGGCGGCGUCCGAUAAUCUGAAGGAAAACUACACCACGGUGGUGAUUCACGUCAAGGACGUCAACGACAAUCCACCGGUCUUCGGGCGGCCCACCUAUCAGGCCCAGAUCACCGAAGAGGACGACCGGAAUCUGCCGAAGCGCAUCCUGCAGGUCACGGCAACCGAUGGCGAUAAGGACCGACCGCAGAAUAUCGUCUACUUUCUCACCGGGCAGGGUAUCGAUCCGGAGAACCCGGCCAACAGCAAGUUUGACAUCAAUCGAACCAGCGGGGACAUAUUCGUGCUCAAGCCACUGGACCGGGAUCAGCCGAACGGACGGCCGCAGUGGCGCUUCACGGUGUUCGCCCAGGACGAAGGCGGCGAGGGUCUGGUCGGAUAUGCGGACGUGCAGGUCAAUCUGAAGGACAUCAACGACAACGCACCGAUCUUCCCGCAGGGUGUGUACUAUGGGAACGUCACUGAGAACGGAACCGCCGGUAUGGUUGUGAUGACAAUGACUGCCGUGGACUAUGAUGAUCCCAACGAGGGUACGAAUGCGAAGCUGAUUUAUUCGAUCGAGAAGAAUGUGAUAGAAGAGGAAACGGGUUCGCCGAUAUUCGAAAUUGAAGCCGAUACCGGUGUCAUCAAAACGGCCGUCUGCUGUCUGGAUCGGGAACGAACACCAGACUACUCCAUACAGGUGGUGGCGAUGGAUGGAGGGGGGCUCAAGGGGACUGGGACGGCCUCUAUACGCGUCAAGGAUAUAAACGAUAUGCCGCCGCAGUUUACCAAAGACGAAUGGUUCACCGAGGUGGACGAAACGGACGGUACGAAUCUGCCGGAGAUGCCUAUUCUCACGGUGACGGUUCACGACGAGGAUGAAACGAACAAGUUCCAGUACAAGGUGAUCGACAACAGUGGCUAUGGAGCGGAUAAAUUCACCAUGGUUCGGAAUAAUGACGGUACGGGUAGUUUGAAGAUCGUUCAGCCGCUGGAUUAUGAAGACCAGCUGCAGAGCAAUGGCUUCCGGUUCCGUAUUCAGGUUAACGAUAAGGGCGAAGAUAACGAUAACGAUAAGUACCACGUGGCGUACUCGUGGGUGGUUGUGAAACUGAGAGACAUCAACGAUAACAAACCUCAAUUCGAGCGACCGAACAUUGAAGUUUCGGUGUACGAGAAUGCCGACGUGGGCAAGACGCUGGAAACAUUCAAAGCCACCGAUCCGGAUCAAGGCGGAAGAAGCAAAGUUUCCUACGCCAUCGAUCGGUCAUCCGAUCGGCAACGACAGUUCUCGAUCAACCAGGAAGGCACGGUUACCAUUCAGCGGCAGCUGGAUCGUGAAGUUACUCCCAGACAUCAGGUAAAGAUCCUCGCCAUCGACGAUGGUAUUCCACCGAAAACUGCCACCGCAACGCUGACCGUGAUCGUGCAGGACAUCAACGAUAAUCCCCCCAAGUUCCUCAAAGACUACCGACCGGUACUGCCGGAGCAUGUUCCCCCGCGGAAGGUUGUAGAAAUCCUAGCCACCGACGAUGACGAUCGUUCCAAGAGUAACGGUCCUCCGUUCCAGUUCCGGUUGGACCCCGGUGCGGAUGACAUCAUUCGAGCUUCGUUCAAGGUCGAACAGGAUCAGAAAGGUGCCAACGGAGAUGGUAUGGCGAUCGUGUCAUCGUUGCGAUCGUUCGAUCGCGAACAGCAGAAAGAGUACCUGAUUCCUAUCGUGAUUAAAGAUCACGGCAAUCCGGCCAUGACCGGUACCAGUACCCUAACGGUGGUGAUCGGUGAUGUCAAUGACAAUAAGAUGCAACCCGGGUCGAAGGAAAUCUUUGUAUACAAUUACCUAGGGCAAGCACCGGAUACGCAGAUAGGAAGAGUCUACGUGUACGACCUGGACGAUUGGGAUCUUCCUGAUAAGAAGUUCCACUGGGAGACGAAUCACGAGCAUGCAAGAUUUAAACUUGAUGAGGAAUCGGGUAUGAUAACGAUGCGGACGGGAACGAAAGAUGGCCGAUAUCACUUGCGGUUCAAGGUGUACGAUCGGAAACAUACGCAGUCGGACGUUCAGGCAAAUGUGACGGUAACGGUGCGAGAGAUUCCUCACGACGCGGUGACCAAUAGUGGCUCGAUUAGGAUAGCAGGCAUAACCGAUGAAGAUUUCAUUCGGGUGUGGAACUAUAGGACACAGAGCUUGUCAAGAAGUAAACUGGAUCGGUUCAAGGACAAGCUGGCGGAUUUGUUGAAUACGGAUCGGGAGAACGUAGAUGUGUUUAGCGUGCAGCUGAGGCGGAAGCACCCGCCGCUGACGGAUGUUCGAUUCUCGGCGCAUGGAUCCCCAUACUAUAAACCUGUGAGACUGAAUGGAAUAGUGUUGAUGCAUCGAGAGGAGAUUGAGAAGGACGUGGGUAUUAAUAUAACGAUGGUUGGCAUCGAUGAGUGCUUGUAUGAGAAUCAGAUGUGCGAAGGCUCGUGUACGAAUACACUGGACAUAAGUUCACUGCCGUAUAUGGUGAAUGCGAACAAGACUUCGCUGGUUGGGGUACGGGUGGAUGUGCUAGCCGAGUGUACAUGUGGUGCGAGAAACUUUAGCAAAGCUGAAUCGUGUCGAUCGUCUCCGUGCUACAAUGGAGGUCGCUGUAUGGAAACGCGAUACGGGUUGUCGUGUUCAUGUCCCACGGGCUACACAGGACCCCGGUGCCAACAGACGACGAGAAGCUUCAGAGGCAAUGGUUGGGCGUGGUAUCCACCACUGGAUAUGUGUGACGAUUCUCACUUAAGUUUCGAGUUCAUCACCCGAAAAUCUGACGGUCUGCUAUUGUACAACGGACCGAUUGUUCCACCGGAGCGAGAUGAGCUUCUCGUGUCUGAUUUCAUUUCCGUCGAGUUGGAGAGAGGUUUUCCAAGACUGCUGAUUGACUUUGGUUCCGGAACGUUGGAGUUGAGAGUUAAAACUAAAAAGUCACUGGACGAUGGUGAAUGGCACCGGCUGGACAUAUUCUGGGACACGGAAAACGUACGGAUGGUGGUGGAUUACUGUAAAUCGGCGGAUGUGAACGAGCUUGAAGAUGGAUCAUCUCCGGAGUUUGACGAUGCGACUUGCCAAGCCCGGGGAACGAUUCCUCCGUUCAACGAGUAUCUAAAUGUGAAUGCACCACUGCAGAUAGGAGGAUUCUAUCGGGAACAGUUUGAUCCGACUCACUUCAGGUGGAACUACAUGCCGAUGGGUAAAGGCUUUGAUGGUUGUAUAAAGAAUUUGGCGCACAACAGUAGAUUGUAUGAUUUGGCACAUCCUGGCUUGUCUAGGAACAGUGUGGCCGGCUGCCCGCAGACGGAGGAAGUUUGCAGCCAGAGUGAGCAGACUUCGCGUUGCUGGGAACAUGGAAACUGCGUGGGCAGCUUCACGGAAGCCAGGUGCCAGUGCAGGCCAGGAUGGACCGGUCCGGCGUGCAACAUACCGACAAUUCCGACGACUUUCAAACAGCAAAGCUACGUAAAGUAUGCGCUUAGUUUCGAACCCGAUCGUUUCAGUACGCUGAUUCAGCUGAGGUUCAGAACGAGGGAGCAGCAUGGCGAGUUGUUCCGGGUGAGUGAUCAGCACAAUCGCGAGUAUGGAAUUUUGGAAAUCAAGGACGCGAGGUUGAGAUUCCGGUACAAUUUGAAUUCGCUGAGGACGGAAGAACGGGACAUUUGGUUGAAUGCAAUCGCUGUGGACGAUGGUCAGUGGCACGUGGUGAGGGUGAACCGUCACGGCUCGGCAGCGACGCUCGAGCUGGAUGGCGGUGAAGGUAGGCGGUAUAAUGAAACGUUCACCUUCGACGGCCAUCAGUGGUUGCUGGUGGACAAACAGGAAGGUGUCUACGCCGGCGGUAAAGCGGAAUAUACAGGCGUUAGAACGUUUGAAGUUUAUGCUGACUACCAGAAGAGCUGUCUCGAUGACAUACGACUGGAAGGCAAACAUUUGCCUCUUCCGCCGGCGAUGAACGGCACCCAGUGGGGCCAGGCUACGAUGGCUCGUAACCUGGAGCGAAACUGUCCGUCCAACAAGCCCUGUGCGAACGUCAUCUGUCCGGAUCCGUUCGAAUGUGUGGAUCUAUGGAAUGAGUACGAGUGCACUUGCGGCGAGGGCCGUGUCAUGUCGCCCGACGGCAAAGGCUGCAUGGAUCGGAACGAGUGUCUCGAUUUGCCCUGUCUGAACGGGGGCGUCUGCGUGAAUCAGGAACCGAAGUUGCGCUACCGCUGUGACUGCCCGGACGGAUUCUGGGGCGAAAACUGCGAACUCAUCCAGGAGGGACAGACGCUGAAGCUGAGCAUGGGCGCCCUGGCCGCCAUUCUUGUGUGUCUGCUAAUCAUAUUGAUCCUAGUGUUGGUGUUUGUGGUGUACAACCGAAGGCGUGAGUCGCACAUCAAGUACCCGGGACCGGAUGACGACGUGCGGGAGAAUAUCAUCAACUACGACGACGAGGGCGGCGGUGAGGAUGAUAUGACCGCCUACGACAUUACACCACUGCAGAUUCCAAUCGGACCGAUGCCAGAGCUGACGCAGUGUAAAAUGCCACCCCUUAUGUAUCCGGUCAUGACGAUGGGACCGGGCCACGAACCGAACGUGGGCAUGUUCAUCGAGGAGCACAAGAAGCGAGCGGAUAGCGACCCGAAUGCGCCGCCGUUUGAUGACCUGCGAAACUACGCCUACGAGGGUGGCGGCAGCACGGCCGGUUCGCUCAGCUCGCUACAAUCAGGUACCGACGACGAGGUGCAAGAAUUCGACUACCUGGACGCGUGGGGUCCCCGGUUCGACAAACUGGCCAACAUGUACGGUGACCACCAUCCGACCGAGCUUGAUGAGCUGAAUUAAGUGCGGAGAAAAAACAGUCUACAGUCCAGCUAGUCAUUCAGUCAGUCAGUCAGUCAGUCAGUCGUGCGCACAUUUGCAGAAGAAACAAACCUAAAUCGAAUGGCCAUCAAAAUAUCAUCACCGCCAACGGGCGUCUGUUCCUUUGAAAGAGACUGCCCCCUUCCUACACCGAACAAAAAGGAAACAGACGACUGCUGCAGUGGCCCCCCGGACCGAAGGCAGGUUAGGUGAUAGAAAGUUAUUUUUCAACAGGUUUUCAGUUGAUUUUUAUCGAUCAGACGAAGAAAGGCUAUGAUGAUAAUGAUGAUUCAAACAAGCGAGGAAUAGCGCAAGUGGGAGACAAGGAAGCUAUACCAAAGUUUAAUUAUUAAUGCUGAUGAGGGAAGUUGAGACGGUUUUGGAGAGGCGGGGAGAAAGUGUGGAGGGAUGCAAUGAAUAAUGAUCAAGGAGAUUUUUUUGAAUGAGACAAACUUCAACAAGGGCGUGGGGUUAAAGUUUGCAUCACCUUGCCCGGGUGUGAUGAACAAGACGAUGCAAGUUCCAAGAGAAUAAAGUGCUCGGAAAAGGAAAUCUUUCUCUGCUCCUCGUCCUCUCCUACAAAAGGGGGGUGUUCGCAAUUUUCCUUCGCGGGUAAAACACAAGAAAGAAAGGAAACGUGCUCGUUUUGAGCGCUGACUAUUAUUCCGAUGAUUCAACUACAUAUACUUAUAUCAACGAGUUUUUAAUGAGUGAAGUUCUCGUUCGGGAUUUUUUUUUUCGGUGGAAUUUACAAACAAGAAAGAGAGAAACGCUCAUAUACACUAACAGUUAUACAACACUCGUAAACAGGACAGACACUCACAUACAUGCACACAUACACAGUUAUACACGCAGUUGAACCAGGAUUGAAACACGGAACAAAUCUAGGGAGUAGUAGUUUAUUAGAGAUCUUUUCUUAAACAACAACCGAAACAAUCGAGAGAAUGGAAGUACCUUUCAGUGAGUCAACAUUUUUUUUUUGUUUCAUGUUCAAACACAUACACGUAAGCAUCAGUAGGAAUUUUGUUGUUUUAGUUUAUUAGAACGAAUCAUUCAGAUUUAUCUUUGAUUUUAACCGAAUCAAACACAAUACGCUGUUCCUGUUUUUCGUCUUAAGUAAGUGGAAGUUUUUUAGUAGGAAAAACUGAAUCGAAAUAUUGUUUUUAUAAAACAUCGUAAGCCUAGAAACUAACACAGAUACAGACCUAUACAACAACUACAAAGAAAAGCGGACGAUCGUGAAAAACGCUCUUAAAUUUUAGAAAGUUCAAGAUCGAUGACUUUUUUGUUCCCUAUGCGAUCUUGGAAAAGUGUAUUUGAACCCACACUGAUUUUCACACAAAAGCACGAAAACGAAAACUCGUAAACUUAACGAUUAGUGUAUUGUCAGCAAAACCACUCUAAGCUAAGUAAAUCAAAUAUACAGCAAAUAAUGUGGGUUUAAGGUAAAACAAAAUCCAACGGCCGAAAAUUGCUGCGAAAUUUUGUGCGGUAGCAAACCAAAAAAAAAAUCUUAUACUGUGUGGGCGAAAACAGAGAAAUUAAGUCAGUAAUAAGUCGUGGCAGAACACUUGAGUGUUUUUAAGGUAAAUUUAUUUAUGUCGUAAGCUAAUAUUAACGAGAAAUGAUAUUGUACAUCCAAAGACUGUAAACGUUUGUUCUUAAAACUUUUCGUUUUUAUGUGAUUAAUUUUCGAAUUUUAAUGCACAUAGCGUAUCAUGCGAAUUCCCAAAACCAAAAAAAAUGCUAAUGUUGAAAGUCAUGUUUCUGACUCAUUACAUCGAUUAUAAGGUAUUUAUUUUGUUCUUUAUUGUUACUACCGGAUAACUAUCACAAACACACUGACACAAACAAAGCAUGAACCCGUUUUCAUCACUCACAAUACCUUAUUAGACAAUUCACACCCCAGAAAGAAGGAAACACACAUACACACAACCACACUCGUGAGGGAUAAUUCUCGACAAAACAACAAAAGAACGAAAAAACUGAAUCUGUAUUAUUGAACAAUAUUAUUACUAUCUUAGGUGAAAAGGACAAAAGCAAACGAUAUUACUUAGUACGCUCAUUAAUCUAGGAAAGAUAUUUAAUCAAUCGCCAUGACAAGAAUAGGAAACAAUGGAAUCCAUUUUUAACCAUUACCCAUGCAUACAAACUUUGAUCGAUUUGUUUUUCAUUUCGCGAGUAGCAUUUAAAACGUAUUGACGAAAAAUACUCUCAAUCGUUUCUACUGUUUUUUCCACUCACUUAUACACAUUCAUCAACGCGAUCAUCAUCGAAAAUCCAAACAGCCACACAUACAUUCACAUAUCCCGUCAUUCACGCGAUUCCCACACUCACACAACAGGUUAAAAUUCAAAUACUACACUCACAAUCCCAUCCCAGUAGCCAUUGCCAGAAAACGUCACUCUCGAACAAACCAAAACAAACCAACACUGCGCGAAAUAGAGGAAGACCCGUUAGUUAAUUGAAAAUCUAUCUUUUUUAAUAAGAAAAACAGAGAAAACACUGCGCAUUAACUUAAUACGAGAUACUGAAGCAGACGACAACGUUAACUCUUUCGAUUAUGAAGGGCUAAGUGUAAUCGUUUAAAGCGCAAGAUAAUAGCACUAAAUUCCUAAAGAAAUAAAAAAAAACUGAUAAAACAAAACUCAACCUACUGUCGCACCAGCGACACUAACAUCCACACAAAAAGCAAAUUCACACAUUUUAGAUGAAAUUCAGAAAUCGAGAAUAAUGAACAAACCAAAAAAAAACUGGUGUUACAUACAUAGAAACCGUGCAACAACCAAAAUCCUAGUGUAAAUAUAGUGUUGUAAUAAGUGAUUGAUGAGAAGGCGUAAGAUGAAAAAAAAACAGACGACAGAUGGCGAAAUAUGAUAUUUGAAGAAGCUGUAUUUGAAGACUACCGAGUAAUUUUUCUAACCCGUCUGAGGAAAAAUUAUAAUGAUAAAAAGACGAAAUAAGUAAACAGAAAAAGAUGAAGAAGUGCAGAUUAAAAACAAAUGUUACUUAGAGACAAAUUUUAGAAAGAUCUAAAGCAAACAUGAGAGAAAACUAAAUCGAAACUAAACAACCACACAUACACACACACACACACACUCACACACACACUCAAACACUAACACAAAAUGAAAAGAAAACAAACAACAACAAAACAAAAUCGACGACGUUCAAUUAUGGUUUAGAACAAAGAAAAAACAAUGCUAAAUAAAGGAACAUACCUUUGGAGGUCAAUGCUCCGAUGGAUGGAUGAAAUUGAAA